GGGCGUCCCAAGAGAAUCUCACAAAAUUUACUCUGCCGUCUCUCUACACAGUAAAAGCCUGGAAGGUUCAAACUUGCGGUUUCCGUACCAGGGACCUGGGCUCUCUGGGAUGGGAGGAUGGCCGGUCUGUGGUGCAGUGCAGCCGAAGUCUGCAAGGUACGGGAGACUGUGCACGUUUCUGGAAUGGCCCGGACUUUAGCUGCAUGCCGCAGUGCGCCGCCUUACAGACAUGAAAGUUGUGAGCACACUUGUUACGUUCGCGUGGUGGUUGUGGACAGUUGGCAGCCAUUUGAUCUAAUGGUGCCUCGCAAUGUGCUGGCAUUGGACGACGGGCCGCAGCGAGCUGUUCCCGGAAAUGAACCAACUGUCCAACAGCUUUGGCUGAAAGCCUGCACUACGGGCUAUGGCACUCCGUACACUGUCUACGAAGUAUUCGCACGAAGUACAUCUGUGGCACGGCGCAAGGUCACAUCGAGAUGUGCAUGCGCAGACAGACUACAGCAGCUUACCGUCACAUCGAGGGACUCGAUUGCAUCAAGCACCUACCUCCUCUACCGAGUCCCCUUUGACGCAAGGACGGGUUCACCUUUUCUGCCACGGCUUCUCACGGUUCGAAAAGGCCACAAUACUACAACCUUGUCUUUGGUGACGGGAUCGAGGCACAAUUGGCCAAGGACGGUUUUAAGACGCGCACCAACCAACCAACUGCCAACCAAGGUAUGAGACGCCACAAACUCCAAGGGACGGACUUGAAAGCACAAAAACGUGUCGAGACCGGGAUGAAAGGAGCCUCGUGCGCACUUUGCCUCGUGUUUUCGGUAUCCAAGCACGGACAUCCGGACC